AUGACUCCUGCUCGUAAAAAGACCAUUGGAAUUUUAUCGAUCAGGAGUUGUAAGCCAUUUACACGUGACGUGAUUUCACUGUUUAAUGCAAGUCCGGUGCCUCUUGGCCUGGCCACUGUGCAAGAAACAACACUCAAGUCACUCAUGUUUAACAAGAAGGCACAGGCCAUCCUUAAAGGUUUGACUAUUUCAACACAACAUGAUCCAGAAGGCAAUGAAAGACUGUUUAUAGACAUACAACAAUAA